ACACAAGAGAACAAACUUCACUUUUAUGCAGCUCUAUCUGGAAGCUUUUACUCAAACCUUUCCCAUCAUGGACAUCUGCACCUUUUUACUGCUAUCUCUACUCACUCUGAGUGCAUACGGGGGAGAUUUUGUACUGAUGCCUAUCGAACUUGCUCCUAUCCCAUGUAAUGACAAAGCAGUGAUGAAGCUGUCACGUCUGGCUGUAACCUACAUCAACGAGGAUCGCACUGAAGGCUAUAAGUUUGCCCUCAACCGUAUUACAAAUGUCCACCUGCAUGCUCAGGGCCCAGCAGGCAAUGUGUAUUACCUGGAUCUGGAUGUCCUGGAGACCAAGUGUCACACAGGCAGCCCAAAACCAUGGAAACGUUGUGACAUCAGACCAUUCAUGGACACACAAAUCUCUGGCAACUGCAACACCACCAUUCUGCACACACCAGAGGGCUAUUCCUACCUGUACAGCUACGACUGUGCUUUAGUGCCAGAUCCUCCAAAGAAGCUCCAACAGACCUGUCCAACAUGUCCGCUCCUGCUUCACGUAGACAGCCCAGAGGCCAUGGCUGCUGCCCAGAUCACGCUAGCAGCCUAUAAGAUGCAGUCCACUUUGGGUGCAGGCCUUGGAGUGAAAAAGAUCACCAGAGUUGCCUCACAGGAUGUGCCAGUUAAGGCGAUCUUUGUUGAGUACACAGUCCAAGAGUGUCCAGAGGGAAUUACAGAGAGAGGGACCUGCCAGCGCCUGACACUUAAAUCUGACACAGAGACUGCCGGUUUCUGUACAGGAUCUGUGCACGGAGACAUCAACAAUAAUCCUGAUGUUCAGGUGUCCUGUGAGAUGUUUAAAAUACAGAAUGUGGAUGUGUUCCAACCAGUGCAGCCACAAGGUCACAACCUCCCCCAAGAUCCUAUGAUCCCAACCCUCCAAAUCCUCCCCCAGGACCCAGGAAUUAGACCGCAGCCUGUCCCCUCUGACCUGCCACCACCCACUAAGGCUCAGCCAGUACCCUCAGACCCAGCAGUUGCAGUAAACCCAUCUGUCCCACUCACCUCUUCUUCCAGCGAGUCUGAUGAAUGUCUUAGACACCCCCAACAACACCAAGUGAUUACAGGAUCUUCUGAGUCAUCCUCAGAAGAAAUUGGUGGCCCCGUGGCUCUUCGUCCACCCUUGAACUUCCGCUACCAGAGGCGUAUUCGGAAAACAAGGCAGACGUUGAUGGAACCUUCACCCUCUUCCUCCUACCACCCAAUAUUCCUGUCAGAUUUUCCUAAUGGGCCUUCUCCUUUCCGCUCCUGUCCUGGACCAGCUCGAUAUGCUACAGUGUAACCAGGGCUGUUCUGCCCUGAAAUCCAUUUGCUCAUGUAUGAUUAAGACCCUGAUCCCUGACCCUGAUUAACUGAUCAGCUCCUUGUCACUGCAGGCUUAUACUAAUUUGUGCUGAUGAGAGGAAUUCACUGGCUCUGAAGCCGCCUCUGCAAUUCGGAUGUUAAAUCAGCUCAGACAUGUAUUUGGAAAUAGCUUCAAACAUGUUUUUUUUUUUUUUUUAAUUCCAAUAAAUCCCUUGUGAACUACUUGAAGGUAGUACCUACUGUAGUGCUGAAAUUGGUGGUAAAUUUUUUUAGAGAUUAAUAUUUCAGCUAUUAAUCUAUUCAUUGUUAUAUAGAGCAAACAAAAAGUUCAUCUGCAGCUAUUUUUUUAUAAUCGCUUAAAUGUACAUGUCAGUUUACAGGUCCAAUUUUAUACUUGAGGGCUAUUACAGCAAAUCUUGACAUCCUCUGCUUAAAUUAUUUAAUUUUAGCUCCUGUUUCUUUAAAAGGUACUCUUUAGAAAGGCAUACUAGAGAAUGAAGAAGUAGGUAUUCCUAUUAUUAAAAGAAAAUAAAAACUUUUAAACAACUUAUAGACAUGUAUCAAUGUCCUCCCUUUCUGUAAUUUCUUAACACUAGAAGAACUGUGUGUUCAUCUUCAGUAUUUCUCUACACUGUUACAACCCAAUGCUGCUGACUCCCCAGUUUAAUCUAAUUUCUAUUGUGCGUUUGACAUUUUUGGGCUCAAGUUUUUGGUAACAAGAUGUGUAAACAAUGGCAGCAAGUGAGCAUGAAAACAGAAAGAAUAAAGAAAUCUCUACAAAUAACUGUUACAUUUACCAUAACCUGUCUUUAGAAAGAAAACCCACAUAAAACCUGCAAAUGAAGCAACUUCCCAGUACAUUAUGUUGUCAUGUGCUUCAUCAGCGUCAGUAGACUAGGUUUUAUUUCUGUGACUCACUGCUUGUUUUGUUAUGACUACAUCUGACUUCCUGGAAACUCUGAGUUUGCAGUCACUGACUGGGAAAACUACAGAAAAUGUCACAAGAAGUCAUAUUUGCAUGUUGUAGCUCAAGUAAGGUUUUCACAAGUCAGCUGAUGUAUACAAUGUUUUGAUCAAAAAAGUCCAGUGCUUGUGCUGGGCUGGUGAUGCAGAAAACCACAGUGCAGGGAAACAGUUUAUCAGUUUGUUUGUUUUGUUUUCCCAACAAAUUAAUGCCUUAACAUCACCAGUCUAGUUUAUAAAUGCAUGACUGAUUGUUAUUUUCAAAUGCUGAACUGUAUCUCUGAAUGGCACUGUCCUCAGACCUGGUGCCGGUGUAGCACUUGUUUUUUGUGGCUUUGGCAACUGAAACAGACAGGAGUGAUUCCAAAUUAAACCAGCUGCUCUAGAGGAACUGUUUUGGUGGGAAAACCUCAAACCACAGGCUUACAUAAUACACAUUUCUUAAACAGUGAUGUCACAUAGCAAAAGAAAACUAGUCUGAUCUUGAAACAAGGUGUAUUCAGUACCUUUGUCUUUGUAUGAAACUAUUUGUUGACACACUGAAGGAAAAAUGGUUGACCACAUGAGUCAGCAUUUCUUUUGUGACCCACAUUUAACUUACAGCAUUGACACAGGACACGUCUGGUUAAUUAAGCUGAACCACUGGUGUUUAAAUGGGCCAGGUGUCAGGUUGGUUUGUUGACCAAAACUUUUAAGGGCUAGAGGAAAUUACAAGUAGUGUUCAUACUGAGUGCUAGCUCAGUCACCUACAAUACAGACUAUGUAUCAGUGUUAUGUGAACUGAGGUAAUCUUUUAUUGUUCCACUUUAAAAGAGACAAAUCAUUUUACAGUUUCGCAUUAUCUAAUCACAUAAAUUCCUUACAACCAGAUUAGUACUCUUUAGCUUCAAACCACCUACAGUGCAGAAGCAAAAGACAGUUAUAGAUAAGACAUGACUGCAUUUUCCAAAUGCAUAUGGUUGAAAUGUCAAGAAAGCAUGCAUAUCCACAAAAAGCUGACCACUUUUACAAGAUUUUAGUGUAUGGCUAAAAAUAUGUAUUGUAAGUUUAUAUGAUCACAACAAAGUCUUAUAUCUAAUUGUUAAAAUCAAGUAAAGACAAUCUGCCAUGGAAUGCUGCUAAUUCAUGUUAUAUAUUCCAACAAUAGUUUCUUGAUACUAGUGAGUUACUGUAUUUGAAUUUGCAAAAUUGAAAGCUUACCAGGAUCAUCCACAGGGCACAGUUUUAAAUUAAUAUUUCUUAAGAAAUAAUAAUAAAAAAAAAGAUUCCAGAAUUUGCUAUUCAAACCAAGAUUAUCCUCUUUGACUUGAGUUGUGCCUGAAAUCACACACUCACAAAUCUCCACUGACUGCUUAGGGUGUUGUAUGUAGAGGAUUAACUCAGGGACUCGUUUUAAUGAAGAAAAUGCUUUUGGACAUUACUUUGGUCAUGUUCCCUGCAACAUUUAUGAUAUGACUGUGUUCGCACAAUUUCACACAGCAGGGGCCUUUUCUACAAAGCAAGAGGUUUAGCGAGGUAACUUCAGGAUCAACUCUGGGUUUUCACCGCUAUAAAGCUAGUUUAUUUCUUGCCAGGGUGUACCACUGUAGCAACUUAUGCUGGAAAUUGGUGCUUCUGUAGUUCAUAAAGCAGUCUGGAAAUAAUAAUUUAAUAUGAAUUCCAGAGAAAAUAGAUGUAAACA